AAUAUUUCGAAAGUUUUGGCGCGUAACAAUUUAAUAAUUUACAACUUUAUGAGCACCAUUGUUUUUUAGUUUUUAGUACCAAUAGAAUUUUUUAAUAUGAUAAAGUUAUUUAAGUGUUGUAGACUAUAUUUGGAAUUCAGGUAGAGAAUUUUGAAUCAAUGUGGAGUAAGGUAAAGCCACCCCUCCUAACGGUCCGAAGUGGGGUCCCCUCCCCUCCUGUAGGGGAUGUUAGGGUAGACAAAGGGUAGUCACCCCUAUACAGAGGGGAGCUCGGGCCUUGGGCGAACUCCAUGGGUAGGGGUAGGGAUCACUAUUUCAAGUUUGGGUUUUUUUCACCCCCUAUUCAAUUCACAGACGACGGCGUAAGCACAAGUUUUGUAAGUAGACAGGUUUUUACAUUCAAGAACUAUUAUAAAUACAUAAUGGAGGAUGAUUUUGAAGAUUCUAUACUACAGGCUAUCAAGAGUAGCUAUCCAUCAAAGAACAAACUGGCUAUCAUAUUAAAAGAUCAAGAUGGUAUGACACAGUACUGUUGUGUUACAUGCCCUAAGAAAUAUACGGAAAAGGAAAAAUUAGAGUUACACUUAUGUGUGCAUACUAAGCAGUACAAACAUAUAUGUGGAAUCUGUGGAACGGGGUUAAAACGUAAAGAACACUUAGAUAGACACACACUGGAACACCAGGAGUUCAGGCCGCAUGUGUGUCCACAGUGCGGUAAAGCUUUCAAACGGAAAGAACAUCUAAACAUUCACAAGGCCAUACACAGCGGGGACAAGAAUCUCGCUUGUACAAUAUGUGGCAGAUCGUUUUACCGAAAGGACCACUUACAAAAGCACCUACAGACCCACAGCAAGACGUUUGUUGAACAAAACUUGCAGAUUGGGAACGAUGAAUCACUAAUGGAUAUCAAGCAAGAAAUGACUGAUGAUUACAUGAUGCCAUUUAUCAAUAUGAAUGGUGAUAUGGAAUAUGAGGAGCUCGAAGAUUCGUUUAAUUUUAACGAAACCCUAGAACCUAUAGUAGCGAUAGAAAGCAAAAUAGAGGACGACAGACCGUUUGGUUGCCAUCUGUGUGGCAAGACUUACAAGAGGAAGGACCAUUUGAAGUUACACAUUGCAACCCAUAACAGAAAGGAGCAACCGUGUUCAGAGUGCGGGAAAGUAUUCUACAACACGGAGAAACUGUUCAACCAUAUGAAGACGCACAUGCAACAGUACAGCGCUGGGAACGGUAGCGGCUCCCCAACGCACGCUGGACGAGGGGACGCCGACUUACUCAUAGAGAACACUUUGGACCUGUUAAUAGAGAAGCCGAUGAACCCGCAGACCACGAAAGCAGACCGGCCCCACGAGUGUCAUAUAUGUCACAGGAAGUUCAAACGGAAACAGCAUCUAAAAGUGCACGGGAACGUGCACCAGCGACAGCAGGCCACUAUAUGGUGCUCGCUCUGUAAAGAAGGAUUUGUCAGCAACCAUCAGUUUGAGACCCAUGUGUGUGUGGUGAAUCAGGACGGCAGUGAAAAUGGUGACACAACGCCGGCAAACACAACGCAAGAGGCCAAGAAAGAGAAUAAAUACCCCUCGGACUGCAUACAAGUGGUAAUGGAUGAGGGCGAUCAGGAGUCGUCUGCGAUGCUGGUAGAGGAGGAGCAGCUACCGGUGCCGCAGCGCGUCUUCGUGUGCAAAUACUGCAGCAAGCCGUUCAAGCGCAAGGACCACUACAAGAUACACCUGCAUAUACACACCGGCGUCAAGUCGUUCUUCUGUCCGGAAUGUGGCAAAGGUUUCUAUCGCAAAGAUCACCUACAGAAGCACGUGUUAGUUCACACCAAAUCGAAGCCCAGACCAAAGAGAGAUUUGCCAGAUCUGUAUCCUAUCAGCAUGCUGCCAAAGAAGAGUCAAGUCAAGCCCGAGAUUACAAUACAUGCUCCCUCCAACACGAAACUACGUGUACCUCUUCAAAUCAAAGUACCAUACCAAAUGGUAAUGUCUAUGGACAACGGGGAGCAACGGGCAGUCACCAUCAACCCACAAACAGAUUCCAGUCAAGAAGAAGAUAUGUAAAAAGCGAACCCAUAUAAAAAUUAAAAUAAAACUGUACCAAAAUUAUGUCUUUGCCUAACUACUAAACUGUAAAAAGUACGCUGUAAUUUUGUUUUAAAAAUUGAAAAUAGAAUAAGAAGAAUAUUUAUUUAAAUAAAUGUGUAUGCAAGCUUUUUUUUUAUUGCUGAAGUUAUUUUUAUGGUUGCUAUAUUUGGUGAACUUAACUAAGUUAUUUAACCUGUAAGUUGUAUACUCAUAUCAAAUGCAUCCUUCGUAGUUGCUAUAGCUCGUCAACUUUGUGGGAGAUACGUCUCGCCUUAGCGAAUGAGUAAAAGUGUGUAUAAUGGGAAAUACAUACAUUCAUAUAUGUAUAUAUUAUAACAGAAGUAUACGAAAGUUGACGCGCUAUAUCACUACGGUUAUUAAGCGCAAAUUAGCAUUGUGUUAUUAGUGAGAUGUGACCAGUUUCAAACAAUUAUGUCAAAUAUAAAUCUCUAGUUAAUUUUAAUCGUUCGCAUUGUUUACAUAUGUAUUUUUAAUUCACAAUCGGGACUUAACGCAACGCGUUACAGGAAAAUAGUAUCUAUAUACCUGUCUAUUUUUAUUGUCGUUAUUUCGACGUGGAUUGCACCACGUCGUGGUUAUGACAGGAUUGAAGUCUGCAGUGUUUUCUUCUGGCAGCCCGCGCAGUUUAUUCAGUCAGAAGAGGGAGACUUUGUACAAAAGUCGAUUGCUUGGGUACCUCUGUCCCAUUCGUGUUUCUACCGUGAAGCAGUUGUGUUUGCAUGGCUGUGUUUCGGUUUGAAGGAUGAGAUAUGGCGUGAAUUUACUGGGUACAGAGGAAUAACACCUAAGUCCUCAGGAAUGGCAACGCAUGGGGGAUAUCAUGGGCGAAACAGUAUACUCUGUUAUGUCCAUGGUACAGCUCAUGUUUAUAGGCGACGGUUAUCACUUUCCAUCAGGUGGGCCGUCAGCUUGUUUGCCAUUCUAAGUUGUAUAAAAAAAAUCUCUAAGAUCCACUCUACACACAGUAUCCACAUUGCGUUCAAUACUUAGAUUAUAAAGUAUUUAUAAUUUUUAAUAUAUUUUAUUAUUAUUUUCUUGUACAGCGCUUUUUCUUUUUAUAAAACUAAUGCCAUUAAGUAUUUAGUUACAUAAUCGUGAUGUGAAAUAAAUGUAUCAUGUGACAUCGUCACCGUCAUAUCAGCCGUUAACUGUCCACUGCUGAACAUAGGCCUCCCCCAUAAAGAGGAACCAUGUUUGGUUUGGGAAGUUGCGCGUGCGCAUAGCUCUCUGAAAAUUAAUUCAAGUAUCUGAGUCAUGUUGUUAGUUAUUGAAACUAGUUUCGAAAUACAACUACAAUUAAUUUAUUUAUUUAGUUCUUUAAAAAAGGGAUUAAAAGGUUAGUUCAGGGUCGGCAAUACACGCGUGAUGGCCCUGGUAUUGCAGGCAUUCAUAGGCUACGGUAACCGCUUACAAUCAGGUGUAAAAAAAAUAAUUUAUAUCAUAAAACUGGUUACAUGUGCAUGAUGCAUGCAAUUAGUAUCUCGUAUGUAACUCAAGUUUAGCACAUAUCAUUAUAUUGUAUAUAAAAUCAAUGUAUAAAGAUUGUGACUAUAUAUGUCUAUAGGUCAUAUUAUAUCAAAUAUUUGAUUUUCUAAUAUAGAUUUCACCAGUUAAUUAUUGUGAAAUUAUGUUUAAAUGGAACACGUGAAUCUGAUUACGUAACUUUGUAUCUCCAUUUAUUAUAUUCAUAGAACACUAUAUUUUGAUUGUUUUCACUAAAUCUCUUAUCGUAAAGUUAAGAUGUUAUAAAAUAAACCAUUUCAACUAAAUAGGUAUUCGUUGGAGUCUAUCUGUGGCAUCAUACUCUAAACCUAAAAUUUAAAUUUAAAAUUUAUUUUUAAUGUUUCUAAAAUUUAAAUUUAGUAUUAGAGCAAAACUCUAAGGUUUAAUAUGAUCGAAAUUGCAAAUAAUUUGGACUUAAAUUUAUUAAGAAAAUUAGUUAAAUCAAAAUAAAGAUUUUGUUCUAAUAUUAAAUUGAUAUUUUUAUUGUAGAUAUAUAUUUAGAGAACGUGGUGCUACAGAUUCGAUCCUAUUUCAAUUUUUUAUUAUUUUUUUGAUAUUUUAAUUGAAACUAAACUCUACGUAAGCGUAUUGUGUCUUUUUCUUAUGGUUAAGGAACGGAAUUCUCUCACUUUGUAGGUUUUUCAACCACAUACAAUCUCGGUACCUGUGUCCCAAUUAUGAUUCUGCAAUAAAGCAGUUGUUUGCAUGGCUGUCUACUCUGUUAUGUCCAUGGCACUGUUCAUGUAUAUAGGCGACGGUUACCACUUUCCAUGAGGUGGGCUGUCAGCUUUGCCAUUCUAAUUUGUAUAAAAAAUAUUAUAUGAAUAACCGAUAUGUGAAUAGGCUAUUCAUGAGCCAUCAGCUCCAUCUUUGACCUCAUUCAUCUUAAUCACGAGACUCUUUGAGAGCAUUCAACGUUGGGCCGUUUGUUUCUGAAGCUUAGUUUGUCUCUUAUCCUACUUUGCGUUUUGAAUUAAUUUCACCCUUGGCAUAAUGCUGAAUAAGUAGAAACUCGAGUGCUAAGACAUGUUCUGUCUCCUCAUUUUAUUCUUACUUCAUCAUGAAAUAUGAAAAUGAGGGGUUAAUGUUAUUUUUCUCUAACAAUUUAAUUGGGUGUUAUAAUAAUAAUACCCGAUUAAAAUCUAUUGAAAAAAAAAGAUUUUUUAGGUAUUUACCUUUCCAGGAUCUUUUGUGCUCGCCUUUUUUUUUUAAUUAUUAAUCGAAUAAUACACUUAAUUUAAAAGGGCCAAGACAUUUUUUUUUUUAUACUAUUUAUUUAUUUAAUAAUGAAACUUCAGAAAUAAUUAAUGAUAAGGUUAUUUUGAGUUUAACAUUCUGCAGUUAAAAAUUUUUUUCUUGUGCUUAUUAAUAUUAUACCUACAUUUAAAUAUUUCAUUGCACAAGCUUAUUAAGGAAUAUGUAUUAAAUGUAUGAACUGGGUCCAAAUAAAGAUCUCAAUAUGUUAUUUUAUAAUAGAAACGUGAGUCUGUACAUAUCUAAUUGACAUUUUUGUGUAUUAAUGAUAAGGUAUAAUAUUUUAAUUAAGUUUUUCUUAUAUGUAUUUCAAUAACAUAGUAUUAUAAGUAUAUCAGGUUAGUGUGCCAUUGUACCAAAAAUUUAAGUGGAUGAUAUUCAGUAAAUUCGAUCCUUGUUCAACUUCGGUGGACUAUUCAACUUUGAGAUCUAGAAAAGCCGAUGUCUCUGAAUUAGAGAAGGAAGAAUUUUUUUAAUUCUUCUUCUAGAGGCAUCAAUUUUACACUGAAGGCUCGAAACCAAGAAAGUUCACUGAAAUUUUACAGAAAUUGCAUUUGUUGAAACUCGCCUAAGUACAUAUUUUAUUAUAAAGUUCCUCAAUUUUGUCUGUAAUCAGAAGUAUGUUGUAAUUUAACUGCAAAUUACGAAAUUGUGACGAAAGUACAAAAUAAAAUAUUUUGCACGUAAUAAAACUUUUUUU